CUUGACAGUCGAGCGAGAUUAUCAAAACAAAAUGAAAAUACAUCGUUUGUAAUGUAUUAAAACCUACGAUUCUACGCAAUUCCAUUGAUUUCUAUUUAAGUAAGACUAGAGUCUGUUGGUGUUAAUUAUGUCUUUAGUUCUGCGAUCAUACAUCAAAACAAAGAAAUAUGUAUCCAUGUCUGGUAAUACCAAUGUUCCACCGCCUUCGAAUGUAUACUGUUUGCUGUCUCGAUGUUUUAGCGACGAUAAAAUUGAAAAGGAUCCAGAAUACAACUGCAGCACCAUCAUUGUGGAGAACGGCCCUCACCUCCAGGAGCUUCCUCUAAUUGUAAGAAGAGCUAAAGACUUGACUGGCAUAAGAGAAGAAAAAACGAAUACAGAAAGAGCACCACAACACGACACUCACAACUAUCCCCUCAUACAGGCUGAGUUUAAAGAAUGUUUAGCUCUGAGAGAUGUCUUCAGUUUACUUUCAAAAUGUACCAAAAUAACACCAAAUAUUGCAUUGGGUGCUAUGGAGAGAAUUUAUCAUUUGGAGAAAAAUCCACAUCCAUUAGACACAACUCCAAAUUACAGUAGUGUAGCUAAGGAUGCUAUUGUAGAAAAGCUUUUAAAAGUUGUCAUGAAGACUGAGGAAACCCAGACAAUAUUGAAUGCAUUAAAUGCUAUUUCUACCUUCAUAGAGCCAUACAAAUAUGAGUUUUGUGAUGAGGUGUUGCUCCGGGUAUCGGAGAAUAAAUUAAACCUGGAUCAAAUUUGUAAAUUCAUGGAAUUUCUGGUCAAGAAUAGAAACAAUCAAAAGUAUUCAGAAAUGAUUGACAAGCUAUGGGUUGGUUUUGUUGAUCGUGAAUAUGAAAUAAAUGAAGACACUAUUUCUAAAAUAUUCAAGCUAUUGCCACACUUCAGGGAGAGUAAAAAGACAGUGUUGAACCUUCUUGAACAGAAGCUGUUGGAACUCUGGUGCAGGGUGAAGCUGCCCGGGAUGUAUGAAAUAUUAAAUACAUAUUUACAGGAAAACUCUUGGAGGCCAGAUUCAUUUGCAAUUAUUGCUGGCUGGUUGUACACCAACAUCCAUGCUCUAGAUGAUGAUUCACUACUGGAAAUGGUCACUGCAUUCACCAAAAUCAAGUACAAUGAUGGUCAAAUAGAGAAGUCAAUUGAAAGAUACAUAAGAUUGAAAGGAUCUAAACUAGAGUCCCCAAUACUCAUUGUUGGCAUUCUGAAUUACUGCAUGCAGUUUCGAAUAAGGAAUGUUCAUAUAUUAAAUGGAUGCCAAGAAUACUACUGGCGCAAAGGAAAUUAUAUUCCAAUUAACUUUAUAAAAUCAAUAAUUUUCCCUUAUGGGUUUUUGUAUUAUUACAACAGUAAUUAUUUUACAGCAGUUGAAAAAUUUGUUGAUGAUAAUUAUGAAAAAUUUAGUGCAGAUGAUGUAUCUUCGAUUAUUCUAGCAUUGAUUUAUACUUGCCAUUAUCCAUUACAAUUAGUACAAAAAAUAUUUACACCAGAGAGACUAUCAAAUAUUACUGAUGAUAGCUUGUUAAUGAGGAAAAUGACCCUAAUUGACACAGCUAUGACUUUAGAGUGUAAACAAUAUUUGGGGCCUAUGUUACCUAAAGACCAGUGGUCUAAAUCUGUGUCACAGGAUGGUAGGGUCAGGAAAAUUGUAACUUUGAUCCAUGAAGAUUUGUUGGAGAUAGCUGGUGGGUCUGAGAGGCUGUCUGUAUCCGUGCUGGUGCCACACUUGUGCUCCGAUGAAGCAUACCUUAUUGACAUCAUGCUGCACCCUGUAGGCCUUGGCAGUAACACUUUUAAUUGGAAAUCCAAAUGUGCCAAAGAUGAGAUUGUGGCUGUUCUGGUCCACUUGCCUGAACACUACUGUUCUGAUGAUGAACUGGUUGGCCCCCAAGAAAUGAGGAAAAGACAUUUACGAUUACUGGGCAUGAAGGUUGCUAGUCUCAAAUACACAACACUUUAUGAUUUCAAGAGCAGCAAAAACAAUGUAGGCUUACAGAAAUAUUUAAAGGAAUGUAUCGAUAAUGCCAGUUUGUCACUGUAGAAAAUUAUUAAGUAUGUGUUUUGACUUAGUUAGG